AUGCAUUCAUUCAUCGUUGCUUCGUUCUAUGGCGCUGCGGUGUUGGCAGUCGCAUCGGCCCAAACCACAUACGACUAUGUCAUUGUUGGAGGAGGCACCACGGGCUUGGUCGUUGCGAACAGACUAAGCGAAGAUCCCAAUAAGACAGUCCUGGUCAUCGAAAAUGGCGCGCUCAGCAAUAGCACCCUAUCCAGCAUUCCCGGUAAUUCCGGCGGCCUCAACCUCGCUGCUAUGUACGACAUCUACAGCGCGCCCGUUCCCAAUCUUGGCAACCAAACUUUCCUAGUAACAGUCGGCAACGUCGUCGGCGGCGGGUCAUAUGUGAACGGCAUGCAAUUUGACAGAGGUGCUGAUGCUGACUACGACGCGUGGGGUCAGCUCGGAAACAAAGGGUGGGAUUGGAAGGGGCUGAAACCAUAUUUCAUGAAGAGCAACGACUUCGGUGCGCCUUCGAAGAAGACAACCAAGACUUUUGGUAUCACCUACAAUGCCAAGGCUUACGGCAAUGGCCCGCUGAAGGUGUCGAUACCGGACUAUCAAUUCCCUGACAUGAAGACUAUCUAUCACUCCUGGGAUAAUGUCGACAUUCCACAUCCACAGGAGGGCUUCGCAGAGCCUGUCGGUCACUACUGGUCACCAAACUCAAUUAACAAGGCGACCGCUAUGCGUAGUACUUCGCGCACUGCGUACUACGAUCCCAUUGUGUCGAGGAAGAACCUGAAGCUGUUGACAAACACUCAUGUCGAUGAGAUUACCUUCUCGAAGAACAGAGUAGGCGCCUUAACCGCCACGGGCGUCAAGUAUACCCCAAAAGACACCAACAAGGAAGUCGAAGCCAUUGCCGCGAAAGAAGUCAUUCUUGCUGCUGGUGGCGUGUUCACGCCACACUUGCUCAUGUACUCUGGCAUUGGUCCGAAAGACGUUCUGACAGCUGCUGGUGUCAUCGUUAAGAAGGAUCUUCCAGCCGUGGGUUCAAACUUCCAAGACCACAUUGCCAACUACAUGAACUUCGACCUCCAAAAUCUGAACCCAGAGAACAUGAACGCACUCAGCACGGAUUCAGUCUUCAACCAAACAUCUUACGAUCAGUACCUGAAGUCGCGCACCGGCCCAUACUCUGUCGGCAAAGCCAACGGCCUCGUCUUCAUCGCACUACAACACUUCGAUUCCUCGUUCAAGAAGACUGUUGCCAAGAUACGAUCUCAAGUAGCUUCCAACUUCCUCCCUGAACGCUACGCAAAAGACAAGAAGCUCCUUGCCGGCUUUAAGAAGCAACGCGACAUCCUCGCGAAGCAGUUCUCCGGCACUGACGCCGCUGUAGGUGAACUUGUCAUUCAGCCAUGGGGUUUCUCUGGUAUCGCGAACAACAAGCCCCUCUCACGAGGCACCAUCACACUCAACAACACACAUCCUGCCGCCUAUCCGAUCGUCCAAUGGAACACGUUCCAGAACCCUGUUGAUGCAGAUGUUAUGGUAGCCCUUACACGAUACAACCGCGCACACUGGGCAUCCAAGGAACUGGCACAAUACAAGCCGGUGGAGACAGCUCCUGGCCCUCAGUACCAAACCGAUGAGGAGAUCAUCCAGGGCGGUGUUGCCUCGGGCUCACUACAACCGACAUUCGCGCACCCCAGUGGUGGCUGCAGUAUGAUGCCUGAGGGGCUUGGCGGUUGUGUAAGUGAUGAAUUGCUGGUGUAUGGAGUCAAGGGGUUGAGUGUUGUGGACGCAAGUAUCAUUCCGAUGAUUCCUGCGACGCAUCUACAGGCCACUAUGUACGCGAUUGCGGAGAAGGCUGCGGAUAUCAUCAAGAAGAGGGCAUAG